UUUGCAUCCGGCAGACCAGCCCCUGGAUUCCUCCUGGCUCCUGCUGCCCUCUGGGUAUUGCAUUUCUGGAAGCUUUCAGGCGGCCUUGGGACGCGGCUGCCUGCUUUCACCAUGAAUUCUACCUGAAAGAGGAAGCAGCAAGGAGAAGAACACCUGCUUUGUUUGCAGGAAAGUGGUCAAGCUACAAGCAAAUCUCUAGGCAUCUGAGGAAUUGUGCAGCAGCUUCUAGAUUUCAUGCGGUUGCUGACAGGGAGGGGCACAUAAGGAUCUUCGUGCUCUCCUCACCAUGGAUAAUCUGAUGCCUCAGUCAAGAUUCUCUUAUUUCAAAAAAUAUCCUCUCCAUGCAAUUAGAAAAUAUUUAUCGAUGCUGAGAAACCAAAAAGAGGAAGAACAGGUUGCACGUUUUCAAAAAAUUCCUAAUGCUGAAAAUGAGACAAUGAUUCCGGUAUUGACAUCAAAAAAAGCAAGUGAAUUACCAGUCAGUGAAGUUGCAAGCAUUCUCCAAGCUGAUCUUCAGAAUGGUCUAAACAAAUGUGAAGUAAGUCAUAGGAGAGCCUUCCAUGGCUGGAAUGAGUUUGAUAUCAGUGAAGAUGAGCCACUAUGGAAGAAGUAUAUUUCUCAGUUUAAAAAUCCCCUUAUUAUGCUGCUUCUGGCUUCUGCAGUCAUCAGUGUUUUAAUGCAUCAGUUUGAUGAUGCUGUCAGUAUCACUGUGGCAAUACUUAUUGUUGUUACGGUCGCCUUUGUUCAGGAAUAUCGUUCAGAAAAAUCUCUUGAAGAACUAAAUAAACUUAUGCCACCAGAAUGCCAUUGUGUGCGUGAAGGAAAAUUGGAGCAUACACUUGCACGAGACUUAGUUCCAGGUGAUACAGUUUGCCUUUCAGUUGGUGACAGGGUUCCUGCUGACUUGCGCUUGUUUGAGGCUGUGGAUCUUUCUGUUGAUGAGUCCAGCUUGACAGGAGAGACAACGCCUUGUUCUAAGGUGACAGCUCCUCAGCCGGCUGCUACUAAUGGAGAUCUUGCAUCAAGAAGUAACAUUGCCUUCAUGGGAACACUGGUCAGAUGUGGCAAAGCAAAGGGUAUUGUCAUUGGAACAGGAGAAAAUUCUGAAUUCGGAGAAGUUUUUAAAAUGAUGCAAGCAGAAGAAGCACCAAAAACCCCUCUGCAGAAGAGCAUGGACCUUUUAGGAAAACAACUUUCCUUUUACUCCUUUGGUAUAAUAGGUAUCAUCAUGUUGGUUGGCUGGUUACUAGGAAAAGACAUACUGGAAAUGUUUACUAUUAGUGUAAGUUUGGCUGUAGCAGCAAUUCCUGAAGGUCUUCCCAUUGUGGUCACAGUGACUCUAGCCCUUGGUGUUAUGAGAAUGGUGAAGAAGAGGGCGAUUGUGAAAAAACUACCUAUUGUUGAAACUCUGGGUUGCUGUAAUGUGAUUUGUUCAGAUAAGACUGGAACGCUGACCAAGAAUGAAAUGACUGUUACCCACAUAUUUACUUCGGAUGGCCUGCGUGCUGAGGUUACUGGAGUUGGCUACAAUCCAUUUGGGGAAGUGAUUGUUGAUGGUGAUGUUGUCCAUGGAUUCUAUAACCCAUCUGUUAGCAGAAUUGUUGAGGCUGGCUGUGUGUGCAAUGAUGCUGUAAUUAGAAAUAACACUCUAAUGGGGAAACCAACGGAAGGAGCCUUAAUUGCUCUUGCAAUGAAGAUGGGUCUUGAUGGACUGCAACAGGAUUAUAUCAGAAAAGCCGAAUACCCUUUUAGCUCUGAGCAGAAGUGGAUGGCUGUUAAGUGUGUGCACCGAACACAACAGGACAGACCAGAGAUUUGUUUUAUGAAGGGUGCUUAUGAACAGGUGAUUAAGUAUUGUACUACAUAUCACAGCAAAGGGCAGACCUUGGCACUCACCCAGCAGCAGAGAGAUCUGUACCAGCAGGAGAAGGCCCAGAUGGGCUCUGCAGGGCUCAGAGUUCUUGCUUUGGCUUCUGGUCCUGAAUUGGGACAACUGACGUUCCUUGGUCUGGUGGGAAUCAUUGAUCCUCCUAGAACUGGUGUGAAAGAAGCUGUUACAACACUCAUUGCCUCGGGAGUGUCAAUAAAAAUGAUUACUGGAGACUCACAGGAGACUGCAGUUGCCAUCGCUAGUCGUCUGGGAUUAUAUUCCAAAACCUCCCAGUCAGUCUCAGGAGAAGAAAUAGAUGCAAUGGAUGUCCAGCAACUUUCACAAAUAGUGCCAAAGGUUGCAGUGUUUUACAGAGCUAGCCCAAGGCACAAGAUGAAAAUUAUCAAGUCUCUGCAGAAGAACGGGUCGGUUGUGGCCAUGACAGGAGAUGGAGUAAAUGAUGCAGUUGCUCUGAAGGCUGCAGACAUUGGAGUUGCGAUGGGUCAGACUGGCACAGAUGUUUGCAAAGAGGCAGCUGACAUGAUCCUGGUGGAUGAUGAUUUCCAAACCAUCAUGUCUGCAAUUGAAGAGGGUAAAGGGAUUUAUAAUAACAUUAAAAAUUUUGUUAGAUUCCAGCUGAGCACGAGUAUAGCAGCAUUAACUUUAAUCUCACUGGCUACAUUAAUGAACUUUCCCAAUCCUCUCAAUGCCAUGCAGAUUUUGUGGAUCAAUAUUAUUAUGGAUGGACCUCCAGCUCAGAGCCUUGGAGUAGAACCAGUGGAUAAAGAUGUCAUUCGUAAACCUCCACGCAACUGGAAAGACAGCAUUUUGACCAAAAACCUGAUACUUAAAAUACUUGUUUCCUCAAUAAUCAUUGUUUGUGGGACUUUGUUUGUCUUCUGGCGGGAGCUGCGAGACAAUGUGAUAACACCUCGGGACACAACAAUGACUUUCACGUGCUUUGUGUUUUUUGACAUGUUCAAUGCACUGAGUUCCAGAUCGCAGACCAGAUCUGUGUUUGAGAUUGGACUCUGCAGUAAUAAAAUGUUUUGCUACGCAGUUCUUGGAUCCAUCAUGGGACAGUUAUUAGUUAUUUACUUUCCUCCACUUCAGAAAGUUUUUCAGACUGAGAGCCUAAGUAUACUGGACUUACUGUUUCUUCUGGGUCUCACCUCGUCGGUGUGCAUAGUGGCAGAAAUCAUCAAGAAGGUUGAACGGAGCAGAGAGAAGGUCCAGAAGCCUGUUAGCUCGACAUCGUCGUCUUUUCUUGAAGUAUGAUGCAUAUUGCAUUCUUUUAUUUGCAAACUAGGAAUUGCAGUCUGAGGAUCGUUUAGAAGGGCAAGUUCAAGAGGAUAAAAUGAAGAUUUGAGAACUUUUGAACUUUUUAUUGACUAAAAAUGAGUGUUAAAGACUUGAGACUUUAACCUGCUGACAGUCCCAAAUGAGAUUAUGCAACUUUGGUAACAUUUUCCUUGAUUUAAAUUGGCUUUUGCAAUUGAAUGGAACUUCAUAAAGUGUAUGGGCAGUUAUUUAAUUUAAAAAAAAAAAAAAGGUAAAACCUGAACCACCUUCUGCACUUAAAGAGGUCUAACAGUUCAAAUACACUAUCUAUUCUAGAUAGAUAUGAUUUUUUUUUAAUUUUUAAAUAUUGUACUAUUUAUGGUGGUGGGGCUUUCUUACUAAUACACAAGUAAAUUUAAUCAUUUCAAAGGCAUUCUGUUUGAUUUAGGAAGUUAAUUCCCAGGAGUGCCAUAUUUCAGCUACUGUAUGUCCUUUUCCCUGCAGUGUAAGCAGUUCACCUGCCUUGUGUUAUCAUUUUUGUAUCUCACGUUUUUUGCACAGGAUGUGACCACUGUCAGAUCACUGUUCUUUUCUUUCUUUUUGUGAUUGAAAAGCCUAUACUGCAAUUUGAAGUAAAUGUUUGCUUUUCUUAGUAAGUGUAAAUGGUUGCCUUUUUUCCUCCUUUUUUUAUUUUUGGUAUGAGUCUUUGGUCUUGCAAAAUUAAUAAAUACAGAGCUGUUGAGUGGCUUGCUAGGUAGGGUAGUAAUUAACAUUUAGUCAUGGAGUCAAAAAUAUUUAAGACUGUUCGGGCUGAAAUUGAUAGCAGAUUUAUAUUGUUAUGCCUUUUUUUAGAGUUGUUAAUGUAAAUACAUAUUUUGUCAAGUGUCAUCUUGACAAAGUCACCUCCUAAAUAUAAAUCCAAGUACCUCA